AUGUCCUUGCACUUUUUACCUUUAUUGUCAUCAGGUGAAGCUCCACAUACGCGAAUUUAUUCACCUAAAAUGGCUGAUAUUGGAACUGGUAUCGAUAAUCAGAAGGAAGAGCCUGUUAAAUACCCACUUGUAGUGCAGUACUGCGGAGCAUGCAGUAUGCCACUUGAAUACUGCGAAUACAGUGGCGUAACGGAUAGGUGCCUAAAAUGGUUAGAAACCAAUUUGCCUUCAGAAUUCGAGAAACUGGAUGUUACUGCUUUAAAAGAAUCAAGAGAAUCAGCAGAUGCCGAAAAAAAACAUCAGAAAAGAGGCGGAAAGGGUUCGAAAAUUGGGGUCGAAAAACAUGCAGCAGAAAAAAAGAAUACGGCAACCAGAAUCACGUUACAACGAGCACCUAGGGGAAAAAAUAAAUUUGUUACAGUUAUUAAAGGAUUGGCAUCGUUUGAUGUGGAUUUGAAAGCCGCUUCUAAAAUGUUUGCUGGGCGCUUUGCAUGUGGUUCGUCGGUAACUGCAUCUGAUGAAAUAGUUGUUCAAGGUGAUGUAAAAGAUGAAAUAAUAGAUAUAAUCGAAAAAAAGUGGCCACAUAUUGAAAGUAAUGUAAUCGAAGAUCUUGGUGAUCAGAAACGUUAA